CGGUACUCCUUGCCAGUGCCAGUGCCAUGGAUGGGAAGGUUGCUGCCCAGCAGCCCAUUGACAAGCUGAACGGUGCCGGCAAUGGUCGGGCGAUCCCAGAUGAAUGUUGGCAACGAGUCCUGGGAAAUCUGGAAGCAAUUGAACUCUCCGGAUGUGCUGUGACGUGCCAACGAAUCAACAGACUAGCAGACCAUCCGGAACUCUGGCAAACUUUGCUGAGAACGGACUUCUGUGCUUCCAUCACCCAUCGCGCCAUGCUCUUGGCGUGGAUGGCGAUGCAUCACAACUUCCACCCACGACAGCUUUACAUUUUCAAGCGCCGCGAGCAUUUGUUGGACUUGGAGAUUGCACGGGCGGAUUUGCAUCAGCGCUGCCAACAAGCCAAAGAGUUGGAGAGAAAGCAACGGUGUUUGAGAGCUUUGAACUACUUCCUAGUGAGGGUGGCCCAUUGCUUGCUUUGUAUCACCUUGCUUGCGACCAGCAUCCUCUUGUGGUUGCAGCUCAAGGAUGCGGUGGAAAUCUCGUACUACGUGGUCUUCUCUCCACUCUUUGGUUUCGAGGUCUUUUUUCUCAUCGGAUCCUGCAUCACGUUCACCAUCUACUUUCAACGCAGCAGUGCUGGUUGGACGUUUUAUUGGAAUCGCCUUCAAGGUACCGUGAGAUGGUUGAUCCUCUUCACAUCGCCCUGCGAGAGUUUCUUGGUGCUUUGCUUGGCUGGUUCUGCUCUACCACUGCUGGCAGCCACACUCGAGAAGGACUUGCAAUUGCCUUGGCCGUCCUUGCACUUCCUGCCACCGUUCUUGGGACUUUGGCUUUCAACGUUGUGUUUUGCCUUCAGCGUCAUCCGCCGGCGAUCUUGCUCCUCUAGCUGUAUUGGUUCUUGUCUGUUCCUCUGGGUGCCACUUGCCUUGUUCAGCAGCCUCCUAUUCUUACGACUCACAUUCUGGCCUUCAGUAUCUCCAACUAUGAUGAUGCUACCGUUGCUGCUGGUGACCUGUACGCUGAUCUUGUUUUCGUCGUUCCUGACCAUUGCCUCCUUCUGUUUGGGCUAUCGGGGAAGCCGCGACUGGAUGGAGUAUGCGACCACCACUUUGCUGGCGAUCUUGGUCUUCCUUCUACCCAUGCUGUCAGUGGAGAUAGCAGUAGUGAGCUAUUUGAAGGGUGCUUGUACCAUCAAUUGGGUCUUCGCCCCAUGGACUGCUUGGCUGUCAGGUCUCGUGCUCUUCGCUGUGUGGCAGAGCUUUACCCCUCUGAAGCCAGCAAGCUUGCCCCAGCUGGAUCGUUUGCCCAAUCGCUACCGGAGGGGGCACGAUCUUCACUCUGAUACUGAAAUGCUGCUACCGCAGCCCUGAAUGCAGAGAAUGCAGAGAAUGAGCAAAGCUGAUACACACGGCGAUAUGGUGCUGCAACAUGCUGCAACACUUCUCACCACUGCUUCCAGUGCUGUACAGUGCUGUAGGCCAUCAGAUGAUUGUAGUAUCAUAUACCCCAUAGGAUCCAUG